AUGAAGCCCGAGGAGGUGCAGGCCCUGCCAGCCGCUCUGGCGGGCGACUUCAAGUCUCUUGAGCCCCACCUUCGGGCUCUCGACAAGCACCUGACGCUGCGCACCUACGUAGAGGGCUACACGCUGGGCGAGACUGAGACCAAGAUCUGGCAGACUCUGAAGUCCAACAAUGCAGGUGUCGGUUUCAUCAAGAAAGGCAGCCUUGUCAACCUGACACGAUGGUAG